AUGUGGCUCCGUCUCCUCAGCUUGGUGCUAUGGGCAACGUUUGUCCAGGUCUCCCAGACGAAUGUGAAGAUCUCUCCGCGUAAGGCCUUUAUGGAUCGGGAUGUUAUCAUAGGGAUCCUCAGCUCUGUUCACUCCACAGUCGAUAACCUCCAGGGCCGUGUUCGACCAGAGGAGUUCACCUGCAGCAAUUUUGACCAGAUUUCCUUCGUCCGAAUGCUGGCUGCCAUUUACACUAUUGACAGCAUAAACGAAGCUAAUUUUCUUCCUGGUGUUCGGCUGGGAUAUGCCGUUUAUGACCCAUGUGCUGAUGCCACCAAAGCUCUCCACUCUGUGGAACAGAUGCUGUCAACCAACGGCUCUUUGCCUGUCAUGGAUGAUUACUCUGAGUUCCGACCAAAAGUAAAGGUUAUUUUAGGGGCGCGAUACUCUCUGUUGACCAUCCCGGUGGCCAAACUUCUCAGCGUCUAUCUCUUCCCUCAAAUAAGCACCACAUCCUCUGCGGUUGUUCUGAGCGAUAAGCUGAAGUUCCCGGGGUUUUUCCGAGUGAUCCCCAGUGAUGUGUACCAGACACAGGCCUUGGUGCAGCUCAUAAGACACUUUAAAUGGAACUGGGUUGGUCUGGUCUCUAUGGAUGAUGACUACGGUAGGGGAGUCCACCAAAGUUUCCUGAAGGAUGCAGAGGAGGCUGGGGUGUGUGUGGCCUAUGAGAAGAUCAUUCCACACUAUCUGGGCCACGCGGAGAGUAAGAAACGAAUCAAGGAGAUGGCAAGGAAGAUACAGCUCUCUGAUGCACAGGUGGUGAUGGUGGUCCUCCGGCCAGAGCUGGUGGAGAUGCUGUUUGAGGAGAUGAUCCGCUCCAAUACCACUCGAGUUUGGAUCGCCAGUGAUGUUUGGUCCAGGUCUGCACUUGUGGCAAAAAUGAAGGACAUCAACAAGGUUGGAGACAUUCUUGGGUUCAGUUUCAUCUCAGGAAAAAUCACUGGGUUUGAGCAAUACUUACAGAACCUACCAAUCAGGCCAGGUGUGACAAAUGAAUUCAUUGAAGAGUACAAGCAGCUGAACUGCACUCCUGGUUCUCCAGAGGUUUGCAGUAAGCCAAACGCUGACUAUCUGGUGAAGAACACAGACCUCCCAGUGGUCUAUGGAGAGAGGGUGGCUAUUUGGAGCAUAGCUCAUGCUCUGAAAGAACAACUUGGAUGCAAUGAAACAUUCUGUCCAGGAGACACUAAUUUCCCUCCAUUUGAGCUUCGUGAGAAGCUCCAGAAGGUGAAUUUUAUCCUUGAUGGUAAGAGAAAGUUCUUCGAUAAAAAAGGUGACUUUGAAGACGGCUAUGACGUCAUCAUGUGGGUGCCAGACGGUGAGCACAGACGUGCUGAAGUGAAAGGGAGCUUCACCAUACAGCCAAGAGAAGUGGUGGUCAAUAGUCAUGACAUCAUAUGGACUUCAACCCCCAACAACACUGUAUGUACAAACACAAUUCAACCAAGGAGGCAGUCUCUUGUGCAUUUACCUUUUCACUGCAGUUAUACUAUACUAGCAGUUGUACAUAUUAUACUAUACAUUAUUACACUAUACCAAUACUAUGCUAAUGUCACAUCACUUCCAACCCAACAGAUACCUGUAUCACGGUGCUCACCAUCAUGUAAUCCUGGCUCAUCUAAAAAGGUGUCUAAUGUUUCCUGCUGCUACAGCUGCACCCCCUGUGAUGAAGGGUCCUACUCAGACAGAUAUGAUGAAGAUGACUGCCAUCCGUGCCCUAAUGACACCUGGUCUCUGAAGGGAUGGACUAAAUGUGAACCACGCACUGUAAAGUAUCUGCAGUGGUCUGGCCCAUAUCCCAUUGCUCUCCUAGUGGGAGUGGGCGUUGGGCUCCUGCUUCUCAUAACAGUUUUUGUCUUUUUCAUUGUCUACCGGAACACCUUACUAAUCAAGUCCGCCAAUCUUCUCAUGUCUUGCUUCAUGAUGGUUGGUUUAGCGGUGAGUUUUGGAAGUGUGGUUCUAUUCAUGGAUGAACCCAGCAUCCAUCUCUGCCGAGCCCAGCAGACCAUGUAUGCCUUGGGCUUCACCCUCUGUGUCUCCUGCAUCUUGGUCAAAGCCUUCCGCACGUUCCUGGCAUUCAUGGCUUUUGAUCCUGUGAGACACCAUCGUCUGAACAAGCUCUACAAGCCCCUGAUUAUUAUGGUCCUGGCAACCUCUGUUCAAGGGCUGGUCUGUGUGUUCUGGCUGAUCUAUGACACCCCUAAUGUGGAUCAGACUCCCCCAUCCAACCAGAGCAUGAUCCAUGUGCUGCAGUGCAGCGAGGGCUCCAGCGUGGGUUUUGGGGUGAUGCAUGGCUACAUCGCUCUGUUAGCACUCAUCUGCUUCCUGCUGGCCUUCAAAGGAAGGAAAGUGCCGCACGACUUCAGCGAGACCGGCAUCAUCAUCUUCAGCAUGCUUAUCCACUUGUUUGUGUGGCUCUGCUUCAUCCCCAUCUACAUCACCAAAAAUGAGUCACGCCCCAUCGUACAGGCCUCCGCCAUCUUAGUCUCCAACUACGGCAUUAUAUUCUGUUACUUCAUACCCAAGUGCUACCGAGCCAUUUGGGGCAAAAACACGACGGAGCAAAUCAGAGCUAGUCUACGCAAGUUCUCUGAGACUACAAACCUAGCCUCCGUAGACUCCGGCCUUAGCUCCCAAGACUUAGAGAUGGACCCCGGGUCACGCCGCUCCGUAAGCUUUGCCCUUCCCCCAUUCACUUCAUCAGAGUCCUUGACAGAUUCUGGGUUUCUGCCUACCAGUAGGCAUCUUUCCCUGACCUCUGCUUCUCCCCAGUCAAUCAGUCCAUCAGCAGAAGACCCUUCCUUCAACCUGAGUCAUGCUGACUCUGUCUUUGGUAUAACAGCACCUGAGGGACCCACUGCUCUAGAGAGACCAGACAUGGCAAUAAGACAGAGACGGAGAAGCCGGUCCAUGUGA